GAGAACGUGAGAGUCACCAGUAUCCCCCACAACGUUAUCUGGUGAGCAUCACUAUCCCCGUCCCAACUGGGUGUCGUCCGCCAAGUGGUGUGGCCUGAGUGUGUCGUUUACCCGAGUCCUGUGUCGUCUCAGGUCGUGUCGCGUGACUUAGAAACUGCUUUUUAGUGAGUUGAGACGACCAGUAUGACUUCCCUGAACGAGCAGAUGACGGUGUCGACGACGAUGCUGCCCCACUACGAGUCGCCGCUGCCAUCACUCUACGAGCCACAGCAUCAGCCGCCUAAGCCAAGACUUAUGUUCAAGAUGCCUCGAGUGGUGCCUGACCAGAAGGCCAAGUUUGACGCUGAUGAACUGUUCCGCCGCUUGGCCAGGGAGACAGAGGUGCGCUACACGGGGUACAGAGACCGGCCACUGGAAGAGAGAAGACAGAGGUUUCAGGCAGGUGUAAGAGAAGGACACACGGAGAUGGCUUUCAUGACCAACGGCACCAACGUGAAUCUCCAACUCUCCACCACAGGCUUCUCCAACAACCAUAAGGAGGUAGACUUUGACAAGGAACCCGGCAAGGUACACCUACGCUCCCCUUUCAUCAUGAACGGCGUGUGUGUACGGUGGAGAGGCUACGUUGAUCUUGAGCGACUUGAUGGUGUGGGCUGUCUCGAUUAUGAUGAGGAUAAUGCUGCUGAGGAGGACAGGAUACUCAGAGAGGAGAUCGAGAAGUACAAAGCUCGUCUUCGUGAAUUUGAGGAGAAGCAGCGCGCCUUCCGUGUCCCCACCACCUCCCACGCCCAUCCUCACGCCCACGCCCACACACACUCCGAGCAGGCAAACAUACAAGUCCGCUAGCAGAUUCUUAGCCUCCUUCAUAGAAAAUCCUAACUACCAAUUAGCAGGGAGCAGCUGUGUCGAGGCUGGUGGAGGGCUCAACUGUCUGGAAUAACGGGGUCAAGACUGUCUGGAAUAACGGGGUCAACAGUCUGGAAUAACGGGAUCAACAGUCUGGAAUAACGGGGUCAAGUCGGAAUUACGGGGUCAAGACUGUCUGGAAUAACGGGGUCAACAGUCUAGAAUAACGGGGUUAAGACUGUCUAGAACUGGGAAUCAAAACUGUCUGGAACUGGGAAUCAAGACUGUUUGGAAUUAAGAGUGUUCAGAACCCCCCAACAGAAGCAACAGGUUCGAAAUAUUUACUCUUUCCCGUUAGUUUAUAAACAGGAGGCAACAACAGUCUUGACCUCCACCAUCGAUUCUUCUGUUUACCGUUGAUUCGCCACCAAUCAGUAAGAAGACUAUAUUCUUGGUAAUAACAGAAGCUCCACCCACUACCUACUUCCUGGCCAAUCAUAACCGUUGGUAAUAACAGAAGCUCCACCCACUACCUACUUCCUGGCCAAUCAUAACCGUUGGUAAUAACAGAAGCUCCACCCACUACCUACUUCCUGGCCAAUCAUAACCGUUGGUGAUAACAGAAGCUCCACCCACUACCUAAUUCCUGGCCAAUCACAAGCAUCGGUGAUCCAGAAGCUCCACCAAUCACCUUACAUUUCGUGGCCAAUAAGAAACAAAAACCACACACUAAUUUUCGAAAAUAUAACGGAAAUAACCGUCGCCUUGGCCAGCUGUACCAAACGACCCAACGGUAACUCCCAAACAAGAUAAUUGCGUAGUUAAUAAUGAAGAGGCUGAUGACCGUGUACUUAAUAAGAGAGACAUUUAUUGCAAGAUUUGAAACAAAGAAAUAUUUGUAAGACAACUUAAUUGAUCUCCGCUAAUAAAGAGAUUUUUAAUUAGUAUGGAUCACCUGAUGAUUAGACACCCCAGCUUAUAUCACCUUAAAAUUAACCAACCUAAUAACCCUAACCUAAUAAACCCAACCUAACCAAACAUAAUCUAACCUAACUAACCUAACCUAACCAAACCUACCCCCCCCCCAGCCAGGUAAUGUUAGGUUAGGUGUAAUUAAGGUGAUAUAAGCUGGGGUGUGUAAUCAUCAGGUGGUUCCUUAGUGUUAACUCUACUAAUAUAUCUGUAUUAUAAAACUGCCCAGAUUAAUUAAUACUUUUAUUAAUAAUAAUAUUUAAGAGAAACUCAUUAAUCCCUCAACUAAUAACUUAAGUCUUGUAUAGAAACAGAUUUAUUUCAGUGUGCCACCAAGUGUUCUGUUUGUCACUAGAGUUCUGUGCCCUCAACCCGUGUCCUCACCUGAUAUGACUUGUCGUGACCUGGCCUGACCUGUCGUGACCUGGCCUGACCUGUGUCGUGACCUGUGUCCUCACCUGAUAUGACUUGUCGUGACCUGGCCUGACCUGUCGUGACCUGUGUCCUGACCUCCGCACAGAACUUACUACCAUGACCUAAUAUGGUUUCAUCCUCACAAGCAUAACACUAACUACCCCCCACUGCAUAACAAUGGAACUACCUAACGCGACUCUUAGCCUAGUGUACUACUAACCAUUACCUGAAGCUGUAAUUACCGUGAACCAGUCUUACUUCACUCCUAACAACCAUGACAGUAUCACUCACAACACGAGAACUAACUACCUUGACACUGACCUCUAACAAGCAUAACACAAACGACCUAAGAUACAAUUACCCAUAAAACUUCAACUAACUACCAUGACCCAGGGUAAUUGACCUGUAACAAGCAUAACACAAACACGCUAAGGUGUAACUACCCGUAAAACAUGAAUUAACUACCAUGACCAAGGGUAGUUGACCUCUAACAAGCAUAACACUGAUUCGCGGAACUCCCCCUCCCCUCCUCCUCCCCUCCAAAUAUAUAAAACACGUUAAAAACUUGUAAAAAACCUAAAACGUGUUUCAAACUUGUAUAAAACAACCCAACCCGUUAAGAUAAGGUUCAUUUUAUUUUAUUUUGGUGAUGUUCUCUUAAUAAUGAUGUUUGUUAUGAUGAUGAUGAUGAUGAUGAUGAUGAUGAUGAUGAUGACAAUGAUGAUGUAUUAGUAGACGCCCCAAAAACCCAUUGAGCUGACCCAUACACCCAUAACCACCACUACCACCACCACCACAAUUGAUACUGAUUUAACUACUCAACUACCAUGGUUUUAAGUGGUUUAACUCCUUGAUGAUGGGAAGUUAAAACAAAAUGUCCUCAAAGGUUUAUAUAAUUAUUGUACAGUUAAACCAAAACUUUAAAUUAUUAUUAUUAUUAUUAACUUGGGUGUGUGGGUAUAUUUGUAUCACUUAAUUUGUCUGUUAUUACUAAUGUUAUGGCUCUAUCAGUGUGUGUGCGUGUCUGGGGUGAUAGACAGAUGGAUAGACAGACACGUGGUGGUAGACAGACAGACAGAUGGAUAGACAGACACAGAGAGAUACAUGGACAGACAGAGAUGGACAGACAGACAGAAAAACAGACAAAUGGGUAGACAGACAGACAGACAGACAGACAGACGCUAAGUUGUGCAAUACCGGCGUGCAGCAUCAGACACAAACAUCAUCCAUUGUUAUAUUUUUAAAUUAAACCCCGAGGGAGGGAGAGGUGAGGGGGGGAGGGGGAGGAGGGGGGAAGUAAGGGGGAAGGAUAGAAAUUUUCCCUCAUUUCUCCCCCCUCCCUCUUUCUCUCUCUCUCUCUCUCUCCUGUUACCUUCAUUCUUCUUUCUGUUCUUUCUCUCAUUCUAGACACAGAGGGAAAAACAUUCUCCCCCUUCCCUCCCUCCCCCUCCCCCCAAUUAAGCUAGACAACUGUUGUGUAUAUUUUGUAAAGCCUUUUGUUAGUGUUCUUGUGAGACGUAUUUAUGUGUAUGAGUAUAUGUAGUAGAGUGUAUAGCAAGUGUGUAUGGUGUAUAGCAAGAGUGUAUGGUGUAUAGAACAAUCUGUAUGAGUGUAAAAUGUCGGUGCAGUGGUUGAGUGACUACAGAGCUCGCCUUUCUAUUGAGGAUCAUUGGUUCGCACCCGGGGUAUCCCUACUCCUGCACCCAGCUGUGAAUAGACACCUAACUUUACACUUAUGGAAUUGAAGAGCUGUCAAGUGUAGAGUGAAGGUUUAGUAGUCAGUGUGCUGUAUCCGCGCCGCCUCUAAAUGGUCUCUUGUCAAGCUAGAGGUCCACCUUCAAGUAUUAAGUAAGUACGUGUCGAGUCUAUGUAAAGUAGGUCAUGUAAGUGUUUGGAGAAAGUGUGUAGAACAGGGUGUAAAGUGAGUGUGUGUGUAAGGGUGUAGUGUGUGUGUGUGUGUGUGUGUGUGUGUGUGUGUGGUAGGGUGUAGUGUAGUGUGAGUGUAACAAAGUGUAGUGUGAGUCAGUGUAACAAGGUGUAGAGCAAGUGUAAAGCAAUACUGUGUUAAGUAAGUGUAAGUGUAUACAUAAUAAAGUGUUUUCAUUAACUUAAA